ACAAACCGGCCAUUUCCUCCGCAGCCCCGCAAGGGCCCAAAUGGGCAAGCCCGCCUUGUAUCCCAGCUAGGGUUUUACCAAACCCCUCUCCAUGGCGGCGGCGGCGGCGCUGCGGACACCGGCGGUUCGCCGCCCGCUCCUCGUCGCCUCCACCGUUCUCCGCAUCGGGCGUUACCUCUCCUCAACAUCACCACCCUCACCCCCACCACCACCGCACCACCCCAACACUCUCGCCACCGAGCUCCUCCGCCUCCUCUCCGCCGCACCAUCCUGGACGCCGGACCUUGCCGGCGCCGUCUCCUCCUCCCUCUCCGCUGCCUCCGCCUCCGCCGCCGACGCCGUCAUACCCGUCCUACGGACCCUCAGGAACCCCUCCCUCGCCGCUCCCUUCUUCCUCGCCUCCUCCGCCGCCUCCCCGCACCCGCUCCCCGCCGACGCCUACAACGCCGUCCUCCCGUUCCUCUCCCACGACCUCGCAGCCAUGGAGAAAGUCCUCGAGGAGAUGAGCGUCCUUGGGUACGGCGUUCCCAACCCCGCCUGCGCGGACCUUGUCUCGGCGCUCGUCCGCACCCGCCGCCUCGACGACGCCGAGCGCGUGAUUGCCGCCAUGAGGCGGCUCAAGUUCCGCCCAGCGUUCUCGGCUUACACUGUGCUGAUCGGCGCAAUGGCGGAAGCCAGGCAGCCUGAACGCGCGCUGGAGCUGCUGCGGCAGAUGCAGGAGGUCGGGUACGAGGUGGGCGUGCCGCUGUUCACGACACUGGUGCGGGCUUUGGCCCGUGAGGGGCGCGUCGAGGGAGCCCUGGCACUGGUCGACGAGGUGAAGGGGAGCUGCCUCGAGCCUGACAUUGUGCUGUACAAUGUGUGCAUUGAUUGUUUCGGAAAGGCUGGGAAUGUGGACAUGGCCUGGAAGUUCUUCCAUGAGUUGAAGUCGCAAGGGCUGAAGCCAGAUGAUGUAUCGUAUACGAGCAUGAUCUGGGUGUUGUGCAAGGCAGGGAGGCUGAGUGAGGCUGAGGAGCUGUUUGGUCAGAUGGAGACAGAAAGAGCUGUGCCUUGUGCGUAUGCGUAUAAUACAAUGAUCAUGGGUUAUGGGUCUGCAGGCCAGUUUGAGAAUGCCUAUAAGCUUCUUGAUCAGUUAAAGGAGAGGGGUUGUAUUCCAUCCGUUGUGUCAUUUAAUUCGAUUCUCACUUGCCUUGGGAAGAAGAGGAAAGUUGAUGAGGCACUGACCUUGUUUGAGGCCAUGAAGAAGGAUGCAGAGCCAAAUUCCUCGACAUAUAACAUCAUCAUUGAUAUGCUUUGCAUGGCUGGAAAGGUUGAGGAGGCCUAUAUGAUACGGGAUGAGAUGGAACAUGCUGGUUUGUUCCCUAACUUGUUGACAGUGAAUAUAAUGGUUGAUAGGCUCUGCAAGGCAAAGAAGUUUGAGCCGGCCUAUGAGAUGUUUGAAACUGCAAGUCAGAGAGGUUGCAAUCCUAAUUCUGUGACUUAUUGUUCUCUUAUUGACGGAUUAGGAAAGAAAGGAAAUGUUGAUGACGCUUAUAGGUUAUUUGAGAACAUGCUAGAUACAGGCCAUAAUGCUAAUCCUGUGGUUUAUACAUCCUUGAUAAGGAAUUUCUUCAUGCAUGGGAGGAAAGAAGAUGGGCACAAAAUCUUCAAAGAGAUGAAUCGUCGAGGAUGCCAGCCUGAUCUUACCCUACUGAAUACAUACAUGGAUUGUGUUUUCAAGGCUGGUGAUGUUGAAAAGGGAAGGGCGAUAUUUGAGGAUAUCAAGGGUUAUGGCUUUCUUCCUGAUGUCCGAAGUUAUUCCAUUUUGAUUCAUGGUCUCACAAAAGCUGGCCAGGCUAGGGAAACUUCCAGCAUUUUCCAUGCCAUGAAGCAGCAAGGUUUUGCUCUUGAUGCUCGGGCUUAUAAUGCUGUUGUUGAUGGGUUCUGCAAAUCUGGAAAGUUGGACAAGGCUUAUGAAGUUCUUGAGGAGAUGAAGGUAAAACGUGUACCUCCUACAGUUGCCACAUAUGGAUCAAUUAUUGAUGGUUUAGCUAAGAUUGAUAGGUUAGAUGAAGCUUACAUGCUUUUUGAGGAAGCAAAAUCAAAAGGAAUAGAAUUGAAUGUUAUUGUGUAUAGCUCUCUCAUCGAUGGGUUUGGAAAGGUUGGUAGGAUAGAUGAAGCUUAUUUAAUACUAGAAGAGAUGAUGAAGAAGGGUUUGACACCAAAUGUUUACACAUGGAACAGCCUUAUGGAUGCUUUAGUGAAAGCUGAAGAAAUCAAUGAAGCACUUAUUUGUUUCCAGUCAAUGAAGGAAAUGAAAUGUUCCCCAAACACUUACACAUACAGUAUUCUUAUAAAUGGCCUUUGCCGCGUACAGAAGUACAAUAAGGCUUUUGUGUUCUGGCAAGAAAUGCAAAAACAGGGAUUGGUCCCUAAUGUUGUGACUUACACAACAAUGAUUGCUGGGCUUGCAAAGGUAGGGAACAUAACAGAUGCUUGCAGUCUCUUUGAGAGGUUUAAGGCCAAUGGUGGAACCCCUGAUGCUGCAAGCUUCAAUGCUCUUAUAGAAGGAAUGAGCCAUGCAAAUAGAGCAAUUGAGGCAUAUCAUGUAUUUGAAGAAACUCGAUUAAAAGGAUGUAGAAUUAAUGUAAAGGCAUGCAUCAGUCUUCUAGAUGCUUUGAACAAAGCUGAAUGUCUUGAACAGGCUGCUGUUGUAGGUGCAGUUUUGAGAGAGAUUGCUAAGUCCCAGCAUGCUUCUAGAUCGUUAUAAAAUCUAGCUUCACUGGGUGCUAUUUUGACAGUAUUGGCAUUAUUUAUUUGUAUGAUAUGAUGCUUGGGUUAGCACAGGACUUACCACACCGUCAGCCAAAUUGAUCUGGCUUGUAUAGUUUGUACUGUUUGACUGGUUGAGAAUAAGAAGUUUUGACAUUAUUGUGAUUCAGUAUUGAGAUAGUGCUCUAGGAUUUGGUGAGAACACUGUCAGGCAUUUCUUCCAAUGGACAGAAGGUCUGGAUCUCCUAUUAUCAGCUGGGCAACUAGUGAAAUAAUAUCAGUCAAUCAGUGUCUUGCUCCAAUGCUACUUGGUACCUUCAUAUUUGCCAACUGGAGGAUUGUUCUCCAGAUAUGUCAAAAAACCCCUGGUUCAGCAUGCUGAUUCAAAAAUUUAAAUGAAACAUCAAGACAGGUAACUGUGUAGUUAGCUUCUCUUCUUAAUAUAAUGAUACACCUGUGUGUUGGAAAAAAAACUGUAAUUGGCUAGGCCUCAAUCUGAAAAUUUAUUAACUUCCAAGUUCCAAUAAUUGUGAGCCCUCAAUUUUCCUA